CAACGGAUUAUUAAUAAAUUUUAUAAUCAAAAUGUCUAAAACAUUAAAAUCUAUAGGAUGCUCUAAAGCUAAACCUAUUCGUAUGUGGAUAGAUGGGAAAUGUUUUAAUAUAAAACAUUUUAAAGGGCACACACGAAAAAAAUUAAAAUCACCAUCAGAUUUGGGGCAACUUAAAGAACCAGAUGAUCCAGUUAAUACGGAAAAUAUUAAUUAUGAUGUUGAUGCCACUGGAAAAAUAUCAGUUAAUUUUGAAUUGCCACUUUUGUACUAUGCAAAACUGAAACAGAACGAUUUUUAUGACUUACAUGUAAUCAAGAGCAAAACAAAUACUACUAUUAGUGUACCAAACGCAAAUAAAUCAGGCAAAUUAUCAAUAUCUGGUGAUAAUGAAAGAAAUCUUGCAAUUGCUUUACAUGAAAUCCACUCAAUUAUUGGGGAUAUAAGAAAUAGAUCAAUGGUUUUACAGUUCAUAGCAAUACCUUUACUAAGUGAUGAAAUAAAAAGCAACUUUGAACAUUUUAAAAAUGAAAUUCUCAAAGAUAAGGAUACCAAAGGAUUGGAUGAAUCCAUAUUCAUAAGCACGCUAAAGUUGCAUCUUACAGUUUGUGUUUUGGUUCUUUUGAAUGACAGAGAAAAACAGGAAGCUAUAAAUACCUUGGAAGAAUAUAAUGAGACUAUUCUUAAGCCGUUAAUUGCAAAGUCUGGGCCUCUCAAAAUUAAUGUGGCUGGUAUUGACAUAUUUGAUGACCAAACAUGUGAUAAAGUUGAUGUUUUGUUUGCUAGAGCUAAAAUUAUCAAUGAGACUGAUGAGGUCAAUUUGCAAAGAAUUGCUGAUAGUUUGUCUGAAUAUUUUUAUGAAAAAGGUUUAUUGAAAAAGCAUGAAGAAAAUGUCAAACUUCACAUGACUUUAAUAAACACAAAAUACAGGAAACUACCGGCUAGUAGUGGUCCUAAAAGAAGAUGGACAAAACGGGAAAGCUUGGAUGCUACUAAAAUUAUGGAAAAAUAUCAAGAUUAUGAAUUUGGUACUUGUGACCUGAAAGCCAUUCACUUAUCAAAUAUUUCCUCUGUGGCUGAAGAUGGGUUUUAUCAAAAUCUAGCAACUGUUAAUAUUGUAUAAAUGUAUAAUUUUUUUUAAUAAAGACUAUUAAAUAGGG